UUUUAUUUUACUACAUACUUCCACUCUUCUAGCCCAACCCAAAGAGGGAAUUCUUCCACCCCCAACCUAGUCGACGACCUGCUGGGCACAUAACCGCCGGGAGGAUCCACAAGACUUGCUCGCCCUGUUAUAACCGCUGUCCGUUGCCCUGCCUGUGUCCAAAACCAACCCUGUUAGUCGCCCUGCCCUGUCACAGUCGCAAAGUGUCGCGCUGUUGCUGUCACUGUCGACGACCAUCCCGUCUCCGUCCCAGCCGUCCUCGUGCCCGACGGGACUCCAGUCCCGUUCCUUGCCCUUCGCCUGCUUCAGUUAGGUUGGGUCUUUCGGAUCGUACUCUCCCCCUGAGGAUCCAUCCAGCUAAGCCUCGGAGAGCCAUAUCGACCAGGGCCAUCAGGGCAUGGUGUGGUGUCAGAACUUUUCCUAGCGACCGAUCAGCAUUCCUUUCCUCUUGCAGCUUGGUUCUGAUUCACCUUGCGUGCCUGGUUUGAGGCGAGACCAUCAACAGCUCCGCGUCCCUGUCACCAGGGCAAGGCAAGGCAAGGCAAGGCAAGGACCAUUAGGUCGUUGAGCCCUCUUGACUCUCUUCACUUCAGGCCGUCAAGUCCCGACUCAACUCCAGGAAUAAGCCAAAGACCAUAACCAUCAGGGCAACGAAACUCCGGGCUCGCUGUCCGUCAUCUAGACAUCCAUUGCGUAUUCUCGACUGGACCUCACAGCUGGCGAUCAACCUUGCCUACACUACCCCCCUCUCCUCGGGUGCGGACCUCUAUCCCUGCUCACUUGUUAGAUCGUCUCUGGGUUUGCGACAUCAACCACGCACGGCCAGGGCUCGCCUUGUUCCCGUUCCCAAGACAAAUAUACCUACAUAUCCUUUUCUUAGUCUUCAUGAAAACAUGAACUGUUGUACCCAUCUUUGAUACCCCAAAACAAGAAACGUUCCAAGCCGAAGGUGGUCCAGCUCCCAUCCGUUGAUAUCUCAUCCAAUAUCUUAGCGCCUUGUCGAGCCGAACCGAGCACCCCCGUCGCUGUUAUUGGAACGCCAACCUCCGCCGUCGUCGGUAGUACAUGGUCGACCACUUGGACCCUAUAUUGCAUGGCCCCAUUAUGAUAUCCAUGCAGCGCUCUCUUUCUUCGCCCACCAACGUUCAAUCGUCGCUGCGUAUGUUGGGGAAACCAGAGGAUCAUUCCCCAAGGUUGAGCUCUCGAGUCCCGUUGCGCUAACCCACGUCCUUCUCACGAGUAGCUCCAUCCCCAGACCAGUCUCCUCCGGCAACGUCGAGGUCGCCAAUUUCGCCACCUUCGGAGAGUCAUGUGGACGCCCUGCACUCACGAGCACAUCGAACCAAGAGCCCGUCUCGCGCGGCCAAAGACGCAAACAUGAGCCGCCGUAACGACGACCUGUCUAGGCGCGGACCUGGUCUGCAGAUGCCUACCACUCUUCCCAUCCGUCCCAUGCCCACGAUCGACCAGGGCACAGAGCCGUCGCCAGCCCCUACUCCCAAGGACUCAUCCGACAGUCUCAACACCAAUAUUGCAACCGCCUCUUUGUCCUUGCCGGAUGAGAAACCAGCCAAGCUCAAGUUCCCGCGGCCGUUGUUGUCUGAUGUUUCACUUUAUACCCAGCCCUUUUGGAGCCCAGAAAGUGAAGGAACAACCUUGGAGGAACUGGCCCAUGUUGUUCGCCUGUCCAAGUACCAGGAGCGCAAGCGCGCAAACACAAGGAUUCGCCUGCAAAGGAACCUUAUUUCGACGGCACUUUCUGCCCGUCUCAUGAGGUCUGGUGAGAUGGCCCAUCGCAGCCUGGUGGAUUGCUUCCGUGGAGACGACAAAAAGACGUUUGCAUCCUUGUACAAUGCAAUCAUCGACGUCCGCAAGAGUUGCGACGAAACCCGUCGAUAUGCGAUGCUCGAGCCCGAUAUGGAAUUGGCGCAGGCGCCAGGUCUCACGUCAACCGACAGCGUUGACACACCCACGGGAUCAAUUGCGGGCACCACCCCAGCACCAGGGACUGUUCCAUGCUUCCUCAACGAGCUGUCUUCUGAGUCGCGAGAGGCUUUGUUGGGUGUUCUAAACCAAAUCAGAACGAAUCCCGACUAUCUGGCAACAAGAAUCAGUUCCUUGAAAAGCACCGAACUGGCGGCGCUGACAAAGUUCCAUCAGACCAUGGAGCCAAUUGAGUCGGUCCUUCCGUAUCACAGCCGACCAGCUGGUCGUGGUACUUCGGCUAUGUCGGGCUCUUCGAGUGCUGUCGGUUCUACCUUCAGUAGCUCCUCGAGCGCAGUGGGCGCCAAUCGGCAGUCGGCUCAGGAAAGAAGCGCCAUCGAGCGGCUUUUAUCCUUCCAGAGACACGAUCCCAUGUCGGCCUUGGUAUACACUUGCUUUGCUAACUCUGCAGGUCCCGACAGCGCCGAGGACCAGCGCAGGACGGCCAUCUGGGCGAACGUCUGCGCUCGGUUGAUUUCCAACCCGGCCACUGGCAGUGAACAGACUGUCAUGUCUAUCUGCAAUGUUUGGGUUUCCAUGCGCGGCUGGUCCGGAAAAUCCAACAUGGAAUGGUAUCUUAUGAAGAUCCUGGAGGAAGGAGCCUUUCUGCUCGACCGAGCCGAAGACCAACAUGGAACCCGGUUCAAUAUAUCGGAUUGGAGUUCCAAGGAUCAGAUUGCCGCGGAGGAAUUUUAUGCCAAAGCUGUGGAUGAGCUGUUCGAGGUCAUUGACGAUGAAGACAACACCGGUAUCCCCGAGGGACUUAUCGAGCUAGGGAACGAAAUCAUCAAAUGCCUGGAAAAGAAAUACCUCGAAGCGACCCGCAAGUGGCUUGUGGCCAAGUUCUUGUUUUCCACCUGGCUGCUCGGAGUCAUCAUCCACCCAGAGGCCUAUGGGAUGAUGGCGGACUAUCACAUCACUGAAUAUGGGCGACAGAAGAUUCUCAAAUCCGUUGCCAUGAAUGCACAAAAACUCGUUAUUGACAUGCUCCAUAGCAAAACCCCGGUGUCGAUCCCACCCAAGAUCCGAGGGCACAUUGAGAACAUACAGAACCGGUUUAGAAACACAAAGUAUCAGCCCAAGACCCGCCUCUUGCCCGCUCGAUCCAUCACGUCCCUUCGAGAAACAGCAGAAGUUCAUCCGUAUCUGGUCGUUAGCCCUGCCGAUUUCGCUACCAUUGCCAACGCCCUCUUCCCAGAUCGAAGACCAGCCUCAGUUCACUCUGGAGGCCGCCGUUCUGGGGCGCCGUCUGUGUCCAACUUCUCUGUGGUAUCUCAGCCCAUGUCUGUGAGGACAGCCCCUAGCACGCAGUUCGACGCCUUGUCAAUUGUCAGCACCAGUGCCGGCUCGAUAACCAGCGAUAUAACAACAUCCCGCGAGCCCCUUCUCGAGGAAGGGCCCGGUUACUCUCCUCCGGCUUCAAGCGCCCCAAGUUCUUCGGUCAACUACGAGGAUGACGGGUACCGUCUUCGUCUCGCCUUGCAUGAAAUGUCUCAGGUCCUCGGACAGGACGUCUUAAACGGCUCCUGCCACCCUUGCGCCGAGCGCUGGGCGGUUUUGUUUAUCUCUGGCAACGGCAGCCAACUUUCAACGCACAUGACCUUCGAUCCCGAUGAUGAGGUCGAUGAAGAGGCCACUACCUCUAACACAGAUAGCGAAACUGACGAGACUGACAACGAACGGCCGACACUGUACCACGAUUAUCACCAACUCCGAGACGCGAUCCUGAAGUUGGUUCAGGAAUAUGAGAUUCCUCAAAAUCUGGAGAGCAGUGGCAUGCGAAAGCAAACUUUUAGCAACCGAGCGUCGACACUCAAGAAAUACAGGUCCAAAAACCGGAUGGCCAACAAUAUGGGCAGCCGGAAUCCAUACAAUAGCUGUCGUUCACGAGACCCGAGUGUUACCAGCAGUCUGUCUGACACUUCCAGCCGGGGAAAUGGCAAGGGGAAAGAGUUACCAGAGGCCGCGGAACCCACGUCACUCCUUAUCGCCAUGCUAACAGCCGCAUCCUCCCAAUCACGAGCACAAUCUGAUUUCGUUAACGCCCACCUUUACUGGAGGACACUCCAACAGCUAAACGCCCUUACAUCCGAGUCUCUGCGCAAGGAUGGGUUCUCAACAUUGCUCAACAUCUUCUCCCGUGGCCCACGAGACUCGAUCCGCAAGUCCGCCGCCGCUAUUGAAGAAUACGAUGCAUGGCUUAUCUGGCUGAAGCAGAGCCAGGAGCGCGCCGAGGGUCUUAUCGAUUCAAUGAUGCGCCGGCUGCGUGCCCUUCGUAACAAGAUGUGGUACGUUACCGAUGUACGCAACUCCGCACCUUAUGACGAAUCACGAAAUGUUGCAGUCGCCCUCAAAACCAUGGGCAUGCCUCACCGUUGGAGUUCGUUCCAGCGAGUCAAAAGCAGGAUGCAACGUGGCCCAGCCUCCAGCUACCUCUUCAAGACCGAAUCCCAGAUCUUGGAUAUCCUCGCGGCGCCCGAAGAGCAAGGUGGACCCAACAAGCUCCGUGACGAGCAGGCAGAGAAAACCGCCAGAUGGCUGCAACAGUAUGAGGUUGAAAACUUCUGUUGCGGGGAGGAGAGAAUCCAUCGCUUCUGCUGUGAGGUUGACAGCUGUAUCAACAAACUGCUCGGUGACAGUAUCGUCGACGGGCCGGUUCUAUGGUCCAGUGAACUCUUCACGCGGGAUAGGCGAAAUCUUGAGAGUAAGCAGGUCAACCGCCGUGACCGAGACUUGGACACCCAGUCAGUCUCGUGGGAUGACUCCAUCAGUGUUAUUAGCGAACCUGAAAGGAGAUUUACCCCGGGAAUUCGGGGCCGAUCAUCCAACACCAACCUGCGAGCUCUGUCUGGUCAUAAUUUGAGUCAGCUGUCCUUCGAUUCUAGCCGCUUCAGCUACUCACGAGCUAGCACGGCAAUAUCCGAACUUGACGGCUCGGACUACUUCGGUGCAUCAUCCCCGGUGCAUCAGAUCGAUUCUCGGGAGACGUUCUGGUCACCCUUCCACCGCCGGCCUACAUCCCCGAGUACCGUUACGUCCAGGGCUCAGUCGCCAACCACGAGCAUAACUAACUUCUCUGGCUCCUUCAACCCUCCCAAUCAUCACACUCUCCCGUCUAACUCCCAGCACUCGAUAGGUCGGUCUGGCGCCUCAGUGUCAUCUUCCAGUGAAACUGUCUUCCAGCAGCGCCAGUCAGAGGAGAAGGCUCGCUUCCUCGGCGAACUCCGCCAGACGCUUACCAGUCUUAUUCUCUCCGAUCUCGGUAACCUGGUAUUCUCUCGCGGUUCGGAAACGGACGCGUGGUUUGAAGGUCUAGGUCAGGAUUGUAUUGAUCGCCGAGAAGCCAUUCAGCGCCGCAACCGUGAGGCCCUGGGCAAGGAGAAGCGCAAGUCCGCCGGCAAGGGUGGCCUCAAGCAGCGGAUCCUUGAAAGGAAGAAGAGCUACACCGACCUCCGCGAUGGAGUAAGCGAAAAGGGAGCACCCGAGACACAAAAUCCUGUUGCCGAGGCAGGUGGCUCGGGCAGUGUUCACGGAAACGAGAAUACUACCCCUAACGAGCCCUUAUCCGGACAGCGGUCCAACCGCGACGGAAAGAAGGAAGCAAUGCCUGAUUUCCCAUUCAUGAAGUCCUACCAGAGACUCUUGCGGAUGUUCUGCGUGCAUCCCAACCCAUAUGUUAAGCUUAAUGCCCUUCAUGAGCUCCAACACUUGAUCAGCGCAUCCCUGAAUUCGGGAUCCCGGCGCUCUCGAUUGGCCUGGGCGCGGUCUGAUCCCGGCUCUGCAUCUUCGACCACCGAGGAGCACGGGGCCCAAACCCGAUCGCAGCCUAUCGACGACGCGAUUGACAGCUUCAAGGAGCGGCGUUCUCACGCGCUCAUGCAAGCUCCAGCCUUUUCAGGCAGUCAUGGGCAUAGUGGUAGAGUGCCGGGCGGCGGACGAGAAGCCGACACGCGCUCAGUUGUGUCGGUGUACCCUGCCAACACGGAUGCCAUCGCCAAUGUCCUACAGAAGCUCUUCCGUGAUUCAUCUAUGCGUCCCAAAACACUCUUCCGCGACUUGCAAUUCAUCGCCGCCUUUGUCUCUCCCACCAUGCUUGACAAGACAGAACGAGGCAAAGCAUUCUGGGACGCCGGACUUGCCGCACUCAGUCUCAAGCAAGAAGUCUGCCGGACAAUGGUCGAAGUCGCAGACGAGGUAGUUAAGAACUUCACCACGACUCGCAACGACGCAUACGACCACCGGGCUGGCAGCGGAGCAGGAGAAGAGCCAAGCGGCACGCAAACACCCACAGCCGACAAUCCAUCGUCCCCGUUCAACUCGCCGCCAUCCCCGCUUCCUCUCACCACUCACUCUCUCGCCGACGCUGCACGCAUGUGGACCAUCACGGCCAAGGAAGGCGAUCCCACUGCGCAGCGCGAGCUGGCUAUUUUUUACUUGUCCAACCCUGAGCUGGUCGAGCGGACCACUCUGCCGCUGAGCAAGCCCCGGGAGGUAUUCAAGCAAGCUGUUAUUGACAAGUACGGUGGCGGUGGUGGAAGAUCAGGUGCCGGUGGAAGCAGUUCGGAUGAGAGCGCCAGAUUUGCAGGAAUGGGAAUGGGCGAUGUCAGGAGCGACCCGGCAUUGAUGUGCUUGGCUAUCCACUGGAUGGGAGCAGCAGAGAGUGGAGGGGAUGAGUUGGCGAAGACUUUUAUGGCGCAGCAAAUGCGUUGAUGUUUUGACUCCGGGGACGGAGUAAGUCGAGAGGCAUGGGCUUCAACGCCUUGGGCCGCAUAGCUAACGUGGUUCGUGUGAGUGUGUGUAUGCGUGUGCUUGUUGGACAACGGCUGGUCACUUCUGGAAAGUUUCGUCCGGCUUGCUGUAGUUGUUGCUUUUCUCUGUCCUCCUGGGUUGAUCAUUUGAAAUCUCUUUGCCGCUACUGCUUUUGGAGGCUCCCUUUUUGUUUUGCUUAUACCAUCGCCGAUAUGCCAGGCAGGUCUUACAUACCACCAUGUACACUCACCACAGUCAUGUUUUCUCUCUUCUUUUCUGGAUGAAGGUCAGCGUUCAAC